GCUUUCACGUGGCCUUGGCGUCUGCCUUGGCAUCGCUGACAUACGCCCUGGAGCCACUAAAAGCGGACCUCUCGGCGGUGGAGGAGCUCGCUGCAAAGACAAAAAAGGUGGAGGACGAGGGCGAGAAGAAGGAGGAGCACCCGUUCAUCACCUAUUAUCCGGAUGAGUUCCAGUACACCUCGACCUAUUGCAAACCCCUGGAUGCGCCGGAAAACGAGAACUGCUCUGCGCAUGUCAAGUGGGGAUUCGAGCAUGGCAAGACAGGCGAUGCCACAGCAAAGAAGCUUUAUGAGAAGCUACACUACUGGACAAGCAUGAAUCCGGACAAGGCCAGUAUGGAUGAUUAUCACAAGUUCUAUUACUGUGCACCGCCGGACGAGAAGCAAAAGUGCGGCCAGCCUCCUUGUCACUGCAGCUAUCCGCCCUGCCACAUGUGUCAUUUUCCAGAGCGACCGAGGGGAUGCACCAAAGACUCCACAGACAUGCGAUGCAAGCCGCCCCAGAAAGCGAUGGACUACAAUGGAUGGGCAUGGCCUGAUGUCAAAAUCAAGGGCAAAGGUCCAUACCACGUCUUCGCCAUCGGUGAUUGGGGCGGCAUGGACACCAUGCUUCCACCUGUCGAGGGACGAGACCCGCUGAUGCCAUGGAAGGGCUACGGUUUGCCCAAGCCAG